UCGCCAGUGAGUUUCCAUCAGUUUGUUCGAAGCAGCGGCAGCUGCUCCUCGUGCCAGUAUUUAUCGCGUGGCAGCGGACCGCGACGCAAAUAUACGCAUGAUUUUGUACGCGUAUCCAGUGCUGUGGAUCAUUAUUCGAUACAUUUCUUUGCAUAUUUCCGUCUGAAUAGUUUUCUCAUAUUUGUUCAGCAUUUGAAAGCCAAAAUAAAAGGAAAUAUAAGCUACGGCGCAGGCGUGGAAUUUGUAUCAUGGAAUAUGCGAUUAGUUCGGUUUGUUGUGGUUUCUAAAAGCUGUUAGUUUCAAGUAGCGGAAAUCGCGAAGUGCAUUUGUUUUGAAAUUCGACAUAUUCACACUCUCGGGGUAUUUAAAUCGAAUCGUUAGAGAUGAAAAGUGAAAGUCAUCCGGCGUGAAAUUGUUCACUACAAAAGUGUGUAACGACGCCGUGGCGAUGUUUGUUUAGUGAGACCGUUAUAUGCGCGCAUUCGACGCUUGAGAAAAGUUUAAACUGAGGAAAAAAGAAUAGAGGAAAACAGGGAGAAGGAAGGGGAGGAAAGAAGAAAGAAAAUAGAACAAGUGACAUAACUCGCCGGAUUCAGGUGGAAUCUGGAUUGUUGCAUUUGUACGUGGCGGUUUUUGACGGCCACGAUACUUCCGGCAAGAUCUCAGCUCGGGGAGGCAGAGAAGCGCUGCUUCGAGGUGACGGAAUCAAAGGACUCCAUAUUGCUAAGAAUUAUAAGCCCCAGGUAUCUUCUGGUCUCUAGUGCGACCGUUAACGUCGUAGCGUCCGGGUCCGAAAGGCAUCAUCGUCAACGGCGUGAAGUAAGCGAAUUGCCAAGGACCUCGAGUCAGCCUCCGCUGAAACUGCAGUAUAAACUUCGUCCAGUAGCUAGCAGGACGGAGUUGCCAUCGCAGCGUCUCCUCCACAUGUGGACAUCCCCAUCGCAGCUUAGGAUCGGCAGAGCACCAAGGAAAAAGAUUCACUCUCCAUAAAACGAAUGAAAUAAGAAGAUAGAAGAAAAUAGAAAACCGCAAAGGACACGCAACACCGUCAAUCUAUAGACAGAAGAUUUUCACAAAUUCAUCGUUUGACAUCAACAUCAUGGAUAACCCUGAGAAAAGGACACCUGGAACAAAGCGGAAACUUUCUUUCCUAGGUUUUGGAAAGCGUUACUCGGUAUGGCCGUAACAAUAACAACGAUAGUGGAAGGGGUACGUCUGUGGUGGAAGGGAUGGGGUGAAAGCGUCGCGACGCCGCUGCUGCUGCUGCUGCUGCUGCUGCUUUUGCUGUAGCAUUAUCGGAUUCUGUUCAAGUUCAAGGUCGCGGAGGCUCGUCUCCGCCGUAGUCGUCGUCGCGACGACGUUACAGCGGUCGAUAUACUCUGACCUAGGCCUACCCUCGCGCCUCUUUUCCUAUUUCCGCUUCGCUUUAUUGCUCCGUUAUUUUUCUCUCUCCAGGCCCGGCGUCGCGACGCUCGCAACCUGCUUCCAGGUACUAUUCGGACUCUCCGGCACCUGCACCGCCGCGAUCUGCAGAGAUUCAAACUUCUACUUGUUGCUCUUAGCACGAUCCGAAAUUAUCGGGGCAAAAUUUUCAUCAAAUUCUAUUCCCAUUUCUAUGUACGCCGACGGUUUCCGACACACAAACUCCAGAUCGAUCGAUCGUACGUUAAAGCGACAGGCCACGAAGUAUUUUGACACUUGUUGUUUGUGCGCGGGGGAUUUUCUUUUUUCUUUUUUUUUUCUUUUCUUUCAUUAUCUGGCGAUUCGAGUAUGCAUUCAUUAGCGGUUCAUGACUUUUGAACCGAUCAAAAUUAAUCGGGGAAUUCGUACGACGACUCGUAUGCUAAUCGCCCGUGCCAACCCGACUCUGAUAUUUCCGCGUUUGAUUCACACGUGUAAUUUAUGCGCUAACGGCUCGUUAAAUUUAUCGAAAUCCCGAUAACAUUCUCGCGCUAAAACUCACGACUUUUCACGCACGUGCUCCGAACGAAUUCCUCAUCUUACUCCUGAACCGUUUUCACGCAGCGCUUUUGCGUAUCUUACGCUCGGACCAGAUUCGCCUCCACGCGUCUGCUCGGAGUGACGAUCAUUUUUUCUUUCUCGAUAAAUUCCUCGCUCUCCUUUUUCACGCUUCGUACGUAAUUACCGAAAGCAGGAUUUCCUCCUCACGGUAUUUCCGAGGCGUUCGAUAAUACGAGACACACAUAACACGUAGAACUUGACCCACUACCUGGGUCAGGGUCAACCGCGUCCCGGGAUGCUGCAGUAUCCGUAUAGGUAUACACGCGUAUAUGCGAAGACUGUCCCGCGUCGAAGGAAAAAGAUAACGAAGUAAAAUCGUCUGUUAAAUGUUGACGAAUAAAAUUGCUCGAUAUAAGAAACGGUGUACACUUAUGCGUGGCGAUAUCGAGGAGGAGAAAACGAGGAAAAGAAAGUAAAUUCUGAACGAUACUUUUCCUCCGGGGCGAACAUACAUAUGUAUAUAUCGUAGCUAAAUGGAUGCGUGAUUCUUCGUGGGAUAUACGAUAAAUGCGGGAAAUCGUACUCGCGGGUACAGGUAUACAGGCAUAGGUAUAUCGCGGUAUAAGGACGAGGCUUUUGCGCGGGCGGGUCGCCUCCUGCAACGUAGCGAUCCUCUGGUAUGGGGUUGGUAUCGACCGAGGGCGACGACGUUGGGAUUCGCGCGGGGCGCGCGGUUAACAACGAACAGAAAUUCUCCGGGGCAGCUCAUUUCAGCCCGGGAUGCCAUGCCCGAGGCUGGCGGUAGUUCCACCGGAAAGUCGUUCCUGCAAAAGGCGCGCGGCAAGGUUAUUCGGUGGCUACGGCGCUCCCUGCGAACACACCAGGUCGACGGGCAUGGCACGGAAACGGGACCAGAAUUGGACGAGGAGAUGGAGAAGGUGUUCGCGAUGGACACGGGGGAGAAAUUCAACGUUUCCCGAUUGGGAUCUCCUUCGGAAUCGGCUGGUUCUGAUCGUGAAAGAGGGGCACCUCCGAGAUACGGAGAACAGGAUUUUAAUCAACAUCGCAAACGAAGUUAUCCCCAUCCACAUAUGCCAUUGAAGAGUCUUCACUCCAGAUCCAUGAGGCGGCAUCUCUCACCAGAGGGGUCUACGUCCGAACCUGGAACGGAAGAUGAACAACCGACAACCGAAUCAAACGGAAACGGAGAAGCUCACGAGGAAAUCGACGCUUUUAGUAACGGUGGCGCAAUUCAGACAACAGGUACAGACGUAGCGUACGGGGACGGAGAAUCCGAUCACGCGAUCGACGGCGAGGCAAUUCGGGGCAAUGAGAGCGAAGCUCCGAUUUCGGAGAGGGCUGCUUCCGGGUACAACGAAAGCCCGGUUCUCGGUAGUCCCAGAGUUCAGUUUGAAAAAAUUCGCGAGGAAGGCGCGGCAAGUCCACCUCCGGAAAUUCCGCCGGUUGAGGAAGACCGGAAAACGAGACGACAUCACAAACACGAUCACAAACGCCAUCACCACAAGUCUCGAAAAUAUUCGCUUCAGGAAGAUCCGCAAUGGCGAAAGAGAUCGGGCGCUGGAAUUACGGACGGAAACAAUCCGUUCGCACGUCGAGUAAGCGUCCAACCCGACGAAGCGAGUACUCUGCAAGAACUGGAUAUCGAUGGUCUCGAGUCCCACAGAAGCGACGAUCCCAGGGGUAUGCGACGGCACAAAGCAGGACACUCUACGGUUCAUAUAGGUCGGAAAAUGGAGGGUGGAAUCCCCCAUGACACAUUUAAAAAAAUGUACGACCAUUCUCCGCACGAGGUAUUCGUCCAACUGGACGAGCUUCACGGGAUAGGGGAAGAACGUGAAUGGCGUGAAACUGCCCGUUGGAUAAAAUACGAGGAAGAUGUCGAGGAGGGUGCUGACCGAUGGGGAAGACCCCACGUUGCUUCGCUCAGCUUUCAUUCGCUCCUUAAUUUGCGUCGAUGCUUGGAGACCGGUGUCGUUUUACUCGAUCUGGAAGAACGCGAUCUUCCCGGUGUCGCUUACAGAGUCGUCGAACAAAUGGUCGUGGAGGAACUCAUCUUAGCCGAUGACCGACCUGUUGUUAUGAGAGCCCUACUUCUCAGGCACAGGCACGUCAACGAACACGAAAGAUUCCGGUUUGGUGGCAAGAGGAACUAUGCCAGCUACACAAGUUUGCAGUCAAUCUGGCUGGAGGAGGAAGAGGCUGCUCAAGAAGCCACCGAGAACCAUGUGAACCAACAUAACCUGACCGAUUCUAAACCAAAGAUCGUAUCCUCAACAUUGGCACUUGACAAAAAUCAUACAACUGUCGACAUCAAAGAAGAAUUAACGUACACAAGCAGUCACGAGAAUUUGAAGCAAGGACACAAUGACUAUAUCCUGAAGAGGAUCCCCGCUGGAGCAGAGGCCACAACUGUACUAGUUGGCGCGGUUGAUUUUCUGGAUCAACCCACGAUAGCUUUCGUCCGUCUAGCCGAAGGCGUCUUUAUGCCUUCGCUGACAGAAGUAACGAUUCCUGUUCGGUUCAUGUUUAUUCUUCUGGGUCCCCGAAACGCUAAUCUCGACUAUCACGAAGUCGGUAGAUCGAUCUCAACGCUGAUGGCUAAUACAUCUUUUCACAAAAUUGCUUACAAAGCUAACGAAAGACGAGAAUUACUAUCGGCGAUCAACGAGUUUCUCGAUGAUUCUAUUGUACUACCACCGGGAGACUGGGAAAGACAAGCACUUUUACCAUUCGAUGAACUCAAAGCAAAGAGUGAAGCCAUCAAACGAAGGAAAGCUAAGGCUUUGGAGAAAAAAGCAAAACCUACGCAAAGUGACGCUGCUGCUAAAAAAGCUCUCCUGGCUGGUGAAGAUGAGAAAAAACCCCCGUUCGAUGACCCGUUGAUCAGAACCAGGCGUCCUUUUGGUGGGCUCAUCAACGAUAUCAAGAGACGCUAUCCUUAUUACUUAUCCGAUUUCACAGACGGAUUGACCUCUACUUGUCUUGCCGCGGCAAUGUUCAUGUAUUUUGCUGCCCUUUGCACAGCGAUCACUUUCGGUGGUUUAUUGAGUGACAAAACAGACAACUUGAUAGGAAUUUCGGAAACUUUAAUAUCCGCAGCAGGGGCCGGAGUAAUAGUGGCUCUUUUCGCAACGCAACCUCUUGUCAUUAUCGGUACAACCGGACCACUUCUCCUCUUCGAUGAGAGCUUGUAUAAAUUCUGCUUAGCCAAUGAUUUGGAAUUUUUAACCCUAAGAGUAUACGUCGGCGUGUGGAUCGGUGUGAUCGCCCUGGUUAUUGCCUGUGUCGAUGGUUCUGUGCUUGUCAAAUUAUUCACCCGUUUUUCAGAAGAAAUAUUCACCGGGCUGAUAUCGCUACUGUAUAUUGUUGAGACCAUCAUGAAAAUGGCGAAAUGUUUUGAACGACACCCAUUGUUUCCGGCAUAUUGCUUCGCUCCAAACGAAAAUCUGACCAUCUCCAAUUACAAUAAUACCGAAUUAUUGACAAACGAAAGUUUCAAUGACAGCGCAAACUUGUCUGUACCACUACAGUGCACGCUGGAUUAUCUACCAGAUCACGAUGCUGUUGGUCUUAUAAACCAACCAAACACAGCUCUUAUGUGCACAAUCCUCAUCCUGGGAACUUUCCUCGGGGCAUAUUAUCUACGUAUAUUCCGCAACAGCCACUAUCUGGGUCGCAGUGCAAGAAGAGCUUUUGGGGACUUUGGGGUACCGAUCAGUAUCAUUGUUUUCGUCCUGAUUGACUUCCUCGCCGGUGUAAAAACGGACAAGUUACUAGUACCGGCAGGCUUGACGCCAUCAGCCCCUGAGAAAAGAGUAUGGUUCAUUUCGCCCGGUGGCAUAAAUAAAUCUGUUCCCAUUUGGGUUGCGCUCGCAUGUGCCGUACCAGCUUUUUUGGUCUACAUUCUGAUCUUCAUGGAAACGCAAAUAUCUGAACUAAUCAUUGACAAGAAAGAACGUAAGCUGCGCAAAGGAAACGGUUAUCACUUGGACAUCGUUAUUAUUUCGUUGAUGAACGUUGGCUGUGGUUUUGUUGGAAUGCCAUGGUGUUGUGCAGCGUCCGUACGUUCUCUGACCCAUGUUUCUUCACUGACCGUUAUGUCCACCAACCAUGCUCCUGGUGACAAGCCUCACAUUGUCGAGGUGAAAGAACAAAGAGUAAGCGGACUUUUAGUUUCGAUACUCGUUGGUUUAAGUAUUCUAAUGGCGCCAUUGCUCAGGCGAGUACCAUUGGCGGUAUUGCUCGGUGUUUUUCUGUACAUGGGUAUUUCAUCGACGAAUGGUGUUCAGCUGUUUGAUCGUGUUAAAUUAUUCUUCAUGCCCGUUAAGCACCAUGGUACAGCCAACUACGUACGUAGAGUUCAGACUUACAAAAUGCACAUAUUUACUUUGAUUCAAAUAUCCUGUCUGGCCGUUCUCUGGAUUGUAAAAAGCACCCCAGCCUCUCUCGCAUUUCCAUUCUUUUUACUCUUAAUGCUACCGCUGCGUUCUCAAAUGACACGCUUCUUCACGCCAGCGGAAUUACGUGCUCUUGAUACUAAAGAACCAGAUAACGAAGGCACAGAGGAUGAGCCAGAUUUCUAUGAGGAAGCACCUCUCCCUGGUUAGAUCGUGCCUUACCUUAUCUUAUCUUACAUUACCCUACCUUACCCUGCCUUAUUCCAAACAAUUUUCGAUUGAUACCUUCUAAAUAUCCAUUAACUACCCUUGUCACUGAUUGUGAGUUUCCGAUCCAAGUUUCCUUCAAGUCCGCAAUGUCCAAGGUAACUCGAAAAAUUUAAGCAGCCUUCAACAGAUCUAUAUUCACUCAAACGACCGUCAAUAUAUUUGAUAGAAAUGUGGAGGUUUACAUUAGUUUAGCAACAAUUAUAUAUAAAAUAUAUACACUUAGAUAGAAAAGAAAAAUGUACCAUAAGCUGUAAAUAGGUGCUCUAGAUCGGUUCAAGUUGAUUUUUUAAUGUAUAGAGUAGUGUAAUACUCAGCUGACAGUUUUUUGAUUUCGGCUCUGGUCAAUCUUUUUUCGAGUAGACUGUGGUAACGCUAACAUUUCAUUUAUAGGCAAUCGUACAGCAAUGAUGAGAAAACACAAAAAAAUUACUUAGAAGUUGAAGGCAUACGUAAUUAUUUAAUAUUAGAACGAAUAUAAUUUAUUAUCCAGAUGAUAAAAAUUAUUUCGGAAAUAGGUAUGAAAGUGCCAAAUAAGAAUUCGUUCAAUCGUUUUCAUUGCCAACUCAUAUUUAAAAACGAAGCUACUAGUAGAUGACUAUUGUGUAUUGAUCAUACGCAAUAAGAUUGUCGUCCGUGUUCUUAAUAUUAUAUCAAAAUCGUACUUUCUUAACUUUUAACUUGACCAGUUUUAACCAAUCGUUUACCUAUGAUGUAAAAGGCACGGUUGAAGUUAAUCAACGGAGGAUUGUUCCGGCUUGUUGUCCCCAUUGUCCAAACACAAUUUCCAUUCGUACCUUAUCGACGCUACCUCUAUGGGAACAGAAAAGAGCCGCGAGACAUUAAACAUUGUUGAAUCUUUAAACGGAUUAUCAAAACGUCCAUGCGGCACUUAUGUUAUAAAACAGGUAAAGAAACUUGGUUCAAAAUGCUCGACCUUUCUUGCGAUUUUCAGAGGCGUACGGAAUUCAAUCAACUGUGUAACGGUAUCGAGAAAAGUGCGCGAUUGAGCGUUAAAGUUCAAUGUUUUAUAAAAUUCAAUUGAAAUAGUGAGUCGAUCUUAAUUUUGGCUGAAAGUUUGCAUUUUUUGGUAGGACAAUAAAGUUGAUGGUGCUAUAAAAUUGUGUAUACGCGUUAGUACCUGAUCGGUGAAUGUAUGCAACGUGAUUAGAUGUGCUACGUGAAUGAGAUGAAUGGAAAAAUUUAACAUAAAUACAAAGAGGUUUCUGUUACACUUUCUAUGCGUAAAGAUAUUAUUUCUUCGAAUAAUUUCUAGCGCAUAUACAUCUUACAGGAAUUUUAAUAUUCUCCUAUUCUUCAGUUAUUUUUAAUUCAAGAAGGCUUGAGCAUUUUGAACCAAGACAGAGUAGUGUGAUAUAAUCAUCUAAUGAUGUAUUGCAAUGAAGCAGAUAUAAUCUAUCAGAUAUGAUAUACAUAUAUAUACAUAUAUAUAUAUAUAUAUAUAUACACACAUAAUACACGGUACAAGAUGAAAAAGCAAAGAAUAUAUUGUAUUUUGAUUCCGUAGAGUAUUUUAAUAAUUGAUAUUGUUAUUCAAAAGAAAGAAGAUAAAGUGUCAUCAAUUAUGACAAUACUUCUAUGAACACGUAGUACAACCAGUUAAAUAAUUACUUAAAUAUUAUUGUUAUCCAUGUAAAAUGAAUGAUCAAGAAAUGGUAACGAGUUCUCCUAGAUAAUUGUGAUAGACGACCGUGUUGCUAUAAACUAACGGUACUUAUUAUUAUUAACUUUCUGACAAAUUAGAAUUCAAUAGGUACGGCAUUAUAUCUACCUUAUAUCAUUGAUGAGACAUGUUAUAUAUUAUAUCUACACCACACAUGUAUUACCUAUAUUGAGAGAUUAUUACAAUCAUCCUUGUUAUUAAAUAUAAUAAAAGUUAUUGUAAAUAAUCAAGUUAAAAUACAGUAUUAAAAGUAAUAAUUAGUUAUAGGCUCUUAGCAGCUGGAUUAUGCCUUAAGUUUAGGAAAUAAAGAAAAUAUUUAACAUACGAAAAUGUAUAUUCGUUCGACAAGUAAAAAAAAAACAGAAAAAAAAAGUGUACACGUAACCGAAUCACAUACAAA